AUGUCUGAAUACCUACCAGGCAACCGGCACCGCUACAUCCCUCACAAAAUCGACUUCCAACGUCUUCCAAUCUUCGAAUCGGAUCGACCGUCAAGAUCCUCGGUCGAAAAAAAACACGUAAGACCCGAUAUGAUCUUCCAGCCUAAGUUCCUUCCUCCCGCCAAACGCCGUCGCCGAGGCCGGUCCUUCGCAAUACGCUUGGAUUCCUACUGUCGUGUUUGGGUCCCAGCUAUAGGUUUCACCACUGGCCAACUGAGAAAGCGCACUAGCGGUGGAUCCUCGUCAAGUCCAGAUACCUGUCGCCGAGGCCGGUCCUUCAAAAAAGCCUCAGGUCCCUCUUUUCGUGUUAGCCUACCUGCUCAAGGGUUCACCACCGGUCAGUCGAAAAACUACGCUAGCUGUGGAUCCCUCUUGUCUCAGAUCGCCUGUCGUCCUUUCAACUUUGCCGCACUAAGUGGAGUUAACCGGGUACACCCUCAUCCGCAAGCUGGCUGGUUUUUGCUUCCCCUUCGAGGCCGUGGUAAGAUGAAGAAACCCAGCAAACGUUUCCGCUUGAUUCCUCUACCUCAGUCUAGUAUAAAGAUUAAAGAUAUGCGUCCGUCGCCUCCUUCAACCGAUCCGAGUCCUGGAACCUACCAUUCUUACCCCAUGUCCACCCCUCCCACUACCAAUACUGGUGUGGGCAUGAAUGUCCCUGAGCCAAGAGCUCCUCAUUUUCAGCCGCCCCCUUAUCGUCUUAAUCCGCCUCGCUUCCCUCAUCCCAUUUUUUAUCCGCACCCCCCUAUGUUUCACCCUCCUGGUCAAGCUUUCCCCCCCUUAGGUCAAGGAGGGGGUCCACGCGGUCGAGGUUUUGUUGGAGGCAGAGGUGGAGGCCGUGGACUCCGAAUUCGAGGUCAGGCUAACCGGUUCUAUUACCCCAACGGUCCAGCCGCUGGGGUGCCGUUUGGUCACGGUCACGCUCCGUUCUUCAAUUCCAACCGGGCCCAGGUCGACAUCGAUCAAUUCUUAAAUCAACAUCCGAUUCCGCCUGCGGUUCAACGCCGCCCAACUCCGAUUCCGGUCCCGUCCUCGCCUAGCGUCCCGGCCGCUAACGUUGCUAGAGCUCCUAGCAACCUCAGCUCUAUCCGCUCCGGCGAUAGUUUUCACACCGCGGAAGACUUCCUCGCUCCUCAAGUUCGAGUCGCGUCUCCGACUCCCGCGGGUAUGUAUGAUCCAGACGAUUAUCACCUCCUGGCUCGUCACCAGAUCGAAUCCCUGCUAGACCGCCGCGCAGCGCCCGAGCGCUUUGAUCGAUAUGAGUUCACACCUCAACACUUCGACAAUUUUUACCAGUCAGCUACUUCGGCCCUGGUCCAUCAUUGGACCCGUCAUCCUGCAGCCAACGCCAACGAACGUCAAGAUCGGGUUCGUUUGUUUCAGUUCAUCACUCGCCGCUACCGUACCAUGACUCGCCGAGUCGUGCUGCUUCGUUGGAACCGGUUCUGCUGCCUGAACAUCAUGGACAGCCAGUCUAUAGGGGUAAAAAAGUACUAA